AUGACACCGGAGGACCGAGAUUGGUUUCUCUCGCACUAUAUCUACGAGAACCGCGUUUUCCUCAGUACGCCACAAGAAUGCGUACCUGGUCGCAACCCCAACGGCGGCAUCAAGAGGUUCCAACCAGCAGACUUCGUCGGAAAGGAGGAGCUCGAGAAGCUGGAGAAGAUUGGGCCGAAGGUAGCAAAGCUUCUUGAAAUGGCUGACUUGCUAUCUUUUCAUGCCAAGGAUGCAAUAUGCCGCUGCGCUAGAUGUACCUAUCAUCGUACGCCUAGCUGGUUACAGAAGCUACCCGAAGGUCUAGCAUACGAUGUUCUUCCUACGGCGAAACUUCCCGACGAAUAA